GCGCUUGUUUCUUGUAGCUGGCUCCAAACAUCUGUUGUUUACAUCAUGUCAGUGUUUUCAAACGGCAAGUUAUUGUGUUGAAGCUCAUACUCGAGUAAGACUUUAACGCUUUUUAUGUAUUUUCGCUAGUUUAAGUUAUUCGGGAAGAUGUUUCUAAACAUUUAGUAGAGCUUUUUAACGAUAAGAGACUCCGAUUAACCGUUACAGUUACCGUUAAUAACCGGUGUUAGCUGGCAACCGGUGGAUGCCUGGUGAUGAUUGACGUUUGAUAGCUUCAGUUUUGUGGGUAAAACGCUACAUUUAGCCACUCUCUGACUCGGAGAAAAGAUGCCUCCUAAUAAACGGAUUCACAAGAAAACCCUGAAACUGGAGUGUGAAUGGAGUUCGUGCCAGGAGUCGUUCAGUCGGAUGGAUAACUUCUGCAAGCAUGCGGAGGCUCACCUCAGUGCUGUGAACAUGGCGGAGGAGGAGGAAUCAGAAGAAGGGGAGAGAAACUGUUUUUGGAGAGACUGUGGUUUCUGCUCUGUGGAGGGCCCUGAAGAGAUACGAAGACAUCUGUUCUUCCACUGUUACCACACAAAGCUGAAGCAGUUGGGUCAGCAGGUGCUCAAUGCCCAGCCAGAAAUUGGCACCUGCUCCAUCGGUCACGCUAACUGCAACAUCAUCCCUGAAAUCCCAGACAAUUUUAUCUGCCUCUGGGAGGAGUGUGAGCAACCACCCUAUGAAAACCCAGAGUGGUUCUAUCGCCAUGUGGAGAUGCAUAGCCUGAGCAUAGAUAUACCAACAGGAGACUGUGAAUUCCCAAUUCGCUGUGGAUGGAAAGAUUGCGAAGCCACCGCUAAAGGGCGUCCUAAGCUCCGGGAGCACCUGCGCAGCCACACCCAGGAGAAGGUGGUGGCGUGUCCAGGCUGUGGUGGGAUGUACGCUAACAACACCAAGCUGUUUGACCACAUCAUACGGCAGACCGCCAUGGAAGGUCAGAGGUUCCAGUGUUCUCACUGUUCCAAACGCUUUGCAACAGAAAGACUCCUGAGAGACCACAUGAGGACCCACGUGAGCCACUACAAAUGCCCGCUGUGUGACAUGACGUGUCCAUCGCCCUCGUCACUGCGCAGCCAUGUCAAGUUCCGCCACAGUAACGAGAGGCCGUACAGCUGUGAAUACUGCGAAUACAGUUGUAAGAAUCUGGUAGACUUGCGCAAACACCUGGAUACCCACAGCAGUGAGCCGGCGUUUCACUGCGAUGCUCCUGGCUGUGGCUUCACCUCUCGGGCGCUUGUCACCAUGAAGAUUCACCACAAAAAAGAGCACGAGGGGAAUUUUGCAGCCCGCUACAAGUGCCAUGUGUGUGAUCAGUGCUUCACCCGCGGCAACAAUCUAACUGUUCAUCUGCACAAAAAGCACCAAUUCAAAUGGCCCUCUGGACACCCCAGGUUCAGGUACAAGGAGCACGAGGACGGCUUCUUGAGGCUGCAGCUGAUCCGCUACGAGAGCGUGGAGCUGACGGAGCAGCUAAUGAGGGAGAGACAGAACGGGCAGGCGGAGGAGGACGAGGACAGCGGCCACGCUGGGGAAGGAUCUCCGGGGGCGGCUCCCUCAGAGCUGCAGGUAGAACUGAGAGGGGUGCUGCUGGAGGAGCAGGGGCCAGAGGAGGCGACAGCCGCCGCUGAAGAAGGCGCUCCGGAACACGACAUGCUGUACGUCCUCACUGGAGGUUUGUCUCAACCAGGGGACGACUCCGUCAUGCAGCAGCUCCAGGACCAGCAGCGAGGGAUGCAGGUGGUUUGACUGCCACAGUGACUCACACUACAAGAAACAUGUCUGAGAAAUCUUGUGCAUUUUCUGAGCCUUUCACUGAGACAUUUUAAUUUAUUUCUAGGUUUGUUUCUAGCCAAAAUCUAAGGCUCAGUAAUUAUGAUGACGACUGUAAGCCUAUGUUAGGUAAUGCACCAUUUUUUUUGCUAUUGUUGAGCUCAUGGGCAACCUGUUUUCCAGUAUUUUUAUUUUUAUUAUUAUUUAUCAUUUAUGGUUUCUUCUAAUUUAAACAUCUUUAGACAGUUGGAUACUAACCAUGCUGCACUGUAGGUGUGGAUUGUCAUUCUCUUUUCCUAAAAUUCAUAAAUUAAUCAGCCACACCUUAUGAAUUAUGAAGGAUACGAAUUACAAGAAGACCAUGUUAAAACCUCAUUGCCUCAUUGUUUUUGACACUUUAUCAGCAACUUGAAUAAACCUCUGACAAAAUGUUUGCAAAAAUCACAUUUGAAAUACUUUUUUUUUUGUCUUAUUCAUACAUUUAAUAUACUUUUUCUUUAAUGGAGCACUAAAUUUCCUUUUUAAUUAUUUUUAAAAUGUCAUUAAAAGAGGAAAAUGCAUCGUUUUAAUUAAAUUCAUAUAAUUUACCAGUCAAUGGUUACCA